GCCCAAGGUAAGUAUCAGGGUAAGUAUCCAGUCAUUCCAUCUCAUGAAGCCGCAGGAGACAGGGUUCGCCUUAAUGAUGACAUCACUGUACAGAGUGACAACAUGUACAGUAAGAUGGUGUCAUCUGAAGCCAAGGCGAAGGAAGUCCGGGAAGCCCAAGGUGAGUAUCCCUCUCUUGUUGGCCUCAAUAUGAAGUACAUUGCGGACCGGGUGUUGGAGCACGAUGCAAGCAAGUCAACACGCCAUACAAAGCUGAACAAUGUACGCUUCAUUGGGGAGAAUGCCAUCCGCCUGGCGAAGUACUCUUAUCGCCUUGUGGAUGCAUUGGAAAUCCCCAAUGAAGACCAGGUAAGUAAAGUGAAGCGCCUUGUUUUGGGUAAGCUGGCCCAGUUCCUGCGGGAUGCAGGAGCUCUAUUCAACAAGCAUGAGGCUAACGAGGCAGACCUCAAUGACCUUGACCAGUGCCUUGACCAAUACUUUAACCUGUAUUGCCUAUUCCUGCCCGAGGGUGGAAACCUGACUGUAUGGACGGUGUCAAAAGCCAUCCAAUACUUUGCCAGGAAGUUCCAUGACGAGUACGGGGUAGGCUAUGGAGUUGUCUCCAUGCAGGGAAAGGAGGCCAAGAAUGCCAAGGUCAAGGACUACCUCAAGCUUACAAACCACUCCAAAGCAGAAGGUAAGUCAAACAAGUACCAUCAGGUCUUCAGGUCUGAAUACAUGGUGACUUUCUACUUGCCAGAGCAUAGCCCCUCACCUUCUCAGUACAGGCCACACUUCAAUGCCCGGGUCCCCAGUCAGGUUGGGACACCCGGGUAUUGUGACUGUGGAAGAAAGAUUGUGAGGAGCACAGGUGGCCUUGCAGAGGAUCAGGAGGAUGACCUUGCAGAGGAACAGGAUGAUGAGGUGCAGGUAAGUCUCUGUCCUUUCUGUUUGGAAGCACUGGAGGUUGUCGCCUGUGCAAAAGAGGGUGAACUCACUCCAAAGAUGACCAGCAUCCUGCUCCCAGAUGUGUGUGACGUGUGUAGCCUGCGGUUUGCUUAUGGUGAGAAGUUGGCCGACCACAAGAAGAAAACCCAUGGCAACACAGAGAGAGCUGUAGUGCCACAUGUAAGGUAUAUGCCUUUUGAUAUCGACAUUAAUGUCAUGCAGAGAGAAAGACUCAUAGCAGAGCUGGCAAGGCUGGGGAAGCCUACGACUGGAUCCGUAGCAACGCUGCGAACUCGCUUGCAGAAAGCAUGUUGUAGCCAAAAGUAAGAAGCACAUGUGCUCUUCUUGUACGUUAAUAUAAGUUAUAUACUGUAACAUUGAUUGUGAUUCUUGGCCAUUGAUUGU